UGGCGAGGAUUUCAUGUAUUCCGGGAUCCCCGACAGGUCUACAAGAUGGGGACAUGACAAAAUAAUCAGGAUACAUAGAUAACAUCUAUAGGGUCACAAGAAGCAUGAGGAAGGCCACUUUUCUGCUGUUUUGCUGUGGGCUGCUGGCUGUACAGGGGGAUAUUUCGGAACUGAACAGUUUUAAGGAUCAAGAUCCCAUUAGAAUAGGAGCUUUCAAUAUCCAAAUUUUUGGAGAGACCAAGUUUGAAAAGCCGGAGGUAGCCAAGGAACUUGUUAAGAUUUUAUCACGAUAUGAUAUCGUUUUGGUUCAAGAGAUUAGGGAUUCGUCUGAAACCUACAUCUAUAAACUGGUAGAGAAGCUAAACAACGAAACGAGGUCGGAUGAGCCGUUCAGUUUAGUGGUCAGCGCACGCCUUGGUAGGUCAACCAGCAAGGAACAGUAUGCCUUCCUAUACAGGAAGAAGUAUGUUAAUAAAGUAGAUGUAUACCAAUAUGACGACCCUUUAGAUUUAUUCCAGCGACCACCUUAUGCGGUCAAAUUUCACUCUGAUGUUUUAGAUACUAUGCACGAAUUUGCCAUAAUUGGACUACACGCUAGUCCCGAAGACGCCUUCAUUGAAAUCAACGCUUUAAGUGUUGUGUAUGCCGAGGUGGAACGAAGAUUUAAAACUCCACACAUCCUGAUCGCUGGAGACCUGAAUGCAGAUUGCUCCUAUUUAAGCCGUACCAAGAUGAAGGAGCUCUCCAUUCGCAAUGACACCUCAUAUAAAUGGCUGAUAGAUGAUUAUCAAGAUACAACAGUUAGCGGUACUAACUGUGCUUAUGACCGAUUUAUCAUAAAAGAGAAUACGUGGCCCGACAUUAUACCAGAAAGUGUCCAGGUUUUCCAUUUCGAAAGUGAACAUCUUCUGACCAAGGAAGUGGCACUAGAUGUUAGUGAUCAUUAUCCAAUCGAACUGGAACUUCGAGGAAAAUGUAACAGAGCCAUUCUACAGACUUAUACUCCAUCAUUCUCAAUAACAGUGGAGGAUGAUCGGACUAUUCCGUCCACAGAUUUAACCUCUAUCAGAUAUAUCUACCAGAAGACUAGUGAAAGGAUUCCACAAUGGAAUGCGCAGGUGUACAAAAUCGGAACCCGGAUGAAUUACGUCAUCGCUACCCGAACGAAUGUUGACAUUGACAGAGCUAUCGAGGAAAUCUUUUUGUUUUACGAGGCGUUCCAACGGAAGGCACUGAGUCUAGAAAGUAUUGCUUCUUUGAGGAAGCUGCUAGAUCAAUUUAAGUGUUUUAGGGAACCACAUAUUAUAUACUGCAUGAAUACAACACCUCUAACUGCUGUUGAUCUUGCAGUAACGUGUACUCUGGUAGACCCACUGACCUGCAAAAUUGAUGUGACUAGACGUCUUUCAUAGAGACCCAACAAAAGAGGUCCUUAGCUUAUUGGUCUGAAUAGGUAGAUGAGAUGACUACAGAGCUACAUUUUCAAACAUUUACAAAAUUGAAUGAUUCCACGGUGUUAGAAUUUUUAUCAAUAUUCUUAAAGUUGCUAUCUUUAAAUGUUCGUAAAUGAUUGUUUCUCUUAUAUUUCUGCAUACCGUGAAAUCAAAUAUUUUCAUGGGGGCAAGUUUUCGAGGUUUGAGAAAAAAUUGGUAUGUGGGGAUUUGAUUUCGUGUUUGGCGAAGUGUUGAGUAAUAAUGCAUUUCGUGGUGGUCAUGAGUUCGUGGGUCUCUCCUUACUUCGAAAACAACAAAAAUUAAACCACCACGAAAAUUAGUAAUUUCAGAGUAUUGGAAAACAUAUUUUCGAAUUUUUUUAAAUUACCCAAAGAAACUGAAUUCCGGUAUAUGCCAUCGAAAAUUUCUUAUAUACAUGCCUAUUUAGGUGAUUCGUCAAUUUGACAUUCUCUCUUAUCUUGUUUCUUUUAUUGAUAUAGAAUGUAAAUGAGAUAAGAAUAACUUUUUUCACUAAUGAACUGAUAUAUCAAAACUAACAUUUGGCAAAUUAUGACCACGAAUGCAUAUAAUUCAAAAACUAAGACUUACCACAAUGGCGUUGCAAACAAGUAAAUAUUUCGAUGGCAUCAAUUUCGGGCCAAGAAGGGCUUUCAUUCCAAAUAGCUUUUUUAGUAGAAUACACAGUCAUCAAGUGAAAUUUUAAAGUGGUCGAUUUAGGAGGCUGGGGUCAAAACAAAAAUUUCUUUUAAAAAAAUCAAAGUUGCAGAAAUGCUAGAUAUAAUCAUCAGUAACAUUUUAGAAUGAAUGACAUUACG